AUGGCGGCCGUCGUAGGCUCGGUACUAUUUUUCGGCACUCAAUUCGUUCCAGUCAAACGAUACAAAAGUGGCGACGGCAUAUUUGUGCAGUUCAUGAUGGGCGUUGGAAUAUUCUUCGUUGCAUUCGUUGUUUUCGCUUUGCGACGAUUUCCACCGUUCUAUCCUUUGCCAAUGCUUGGCGGAUUCUUUUGGGCACUUGCAAACGCAGCUGCCGUGCCAUUGGUUGAAACGAUUGGACUAGCACUGACGUUACUGUUAUGUAAUACUGUAUCGUGUAUUAUGGGAUGGGCCACAUCUCGCUUCGGUUUGUUUGGUCUUAACCCUGCACCACCCAAGAGUGACACAUUGAAUUACAUUGGUCUUGUCCUUCUUAUUGUUGGGUAUGUUUUUGAACUGGAGAUAGGAGACUGUUGA